AUGGACAGGCCCAUACCUGCUUUCUAUGCCUGCUAUCUCCUUCGUUCUACGGUCCGCCAUCAAAAUCUCUAUGUUGGAAGCACGCCACAUCCCGUAAGGCGUUUGAAGCAACACAACGGAAUUGCCAAAGGUGGAGCUGUGAGGACUUCGAGAGAUACACUGCGACCAUGGGAGAUGACUUGUCUUGUAACCGGAUUCCCUUCCAAAAUCGCUGCUCUACAAUUCGAGUGGGCAUGGCAGAAUACACAUCAAACACGACACAUUGCACCAGAUGAGCGUAUCACCCAGGCAAACACAAAACAAAAAUACUCACCAAGAAGUGGAAAAGUGCGUAAGCGAGCUGGUCGCCCUCGCAUGUCUAUGCAUGAUAAGCUUGCGAACCUUCACAUCCUCUUGCGUGCGAAGAGCUUUGAGCGUUGGCCACUCCACGUCAAAUUCUUCGCCGAAGAUGUGUACAAAAUGUGGCAUAGAUGGACCGUGAACAUGCCUGAAGUGAUUCGACAAGGUAUUGAGGUUGAGAUGGACGAAUCUAUGCUACAGCAGAAGACCACUUCGGAAGAAGAUCCCCUGGAACCAGUCGGAAUCCACAGAAUCGACCCAACAUACCAACACAUGAAGACAACCUUGGAAAAGAGCCAGAAACUGCUCGUGGCACCAAACAACAGUUGUGCUAUUUGCCGCUCCACUCUCGACUCUGCAAAGGAGAUAGCGCUUGUCUGUUUCAACAAGGGCUGCAACACAAUCUUCCAUGUAGGUUGUCUUUCAAGCCACUUCAUCAAAGGCGAGUAUGGCGCACAAGACGCGGUUGUUCCAACACAUGGGAAUUGCCCUUCUUGCAAGUCGGACCUGAACUGGACCGACCUGGUUAAGGAUCUGAGCUUACGAAUUCGUGGCGAAAAAGAAGUCGCAGCUCUUUUCAAGGAACCGAAAAGGCGUAAGAAGAACGCGAAGGAAGAGGCUAAGAGCGUUGCAGUAGUAGAUGACGAAGAUAUGGAUGAGCCUGAUGUCUUGGCUGAAGAAAGUGAUGCCGAGAUUGAUCUCGACGAUGUUUUGCUGCAGUCAGAUUAUGAAGACAUUGAAAACAUCCAAGCUACGCCGUCAGGUGGCGACGAAUGGAAGCUCGUCGAUGAGCUGGACGAACAAGCCACACCUGGAGCUGUCGCAUCAGCAAGCUCCUCUGCAAAGAAGCGCAAAGAGGUCAUCGAAGACAGCGACUGGGACGAGGCCGAAGUCAUCGAGUGA